AUGGCAUCAGGGAUCCUCCACGCAGCCGCGCUCUGGCCGCCGUCCCGGGUUAUGGAGGACAUCUCUCUUACCAUCUGCUCCGUCCAUGCAGAAGGCAGCCUGCACUGGGGGAGCCGGGAGUGGACUGGCCUAGAGGAGGGAGAGGGGGUGCGAGGGAGUGAGAAAGGGGGUCCCAGGCUGAUGGAGGAGCAGAGAGGGAGGUGGCAGCCAGUCGCCCCCUUCGCCCCUUUGCCCCCGCACCUCUGGCUCAGGUGUCCCGGGAGCGCACAGGUCCUAUGUUAG